GACUAGUUAAAAUGUAUUCUUCUUGUUUUUCCUCUUUAUUUUAUUAGGUCAUGAUCAUGGAUUAUAAACUUACAUAUCCUAGUGGAACAGCAACAGCAGGGUUGAUAAAUAGCUUUCACACCAACAAUGGAGCUGAGCUUGCAGGGCAGCAAGUCAAAUGUCUUGGGAAAUAUUUGGGCAUAAGUCUAUUAUGGAGUGGUGUCAAGUGGUUCUUCAGUGGUAUUGGGGAUUCCUGUGGUUUUGAUAAUUUCCCCACCUUUGGUUUAACACUAUUCAAAAGCACGUUCUAUUUUGACUUCAGUCUAACAUAUGUUGGAUGUGGUCUGAUUUGUUCUCACAUAGUCAAUUGCUCAGUUCUUUUUGGGGCUAUCAUAUCAUGGGGUUUCUUAUGGCCCUUCAUUUCUUCACAUUCUGGGGACUGGUAUCCUGCUAACCUGGGGAGCAAUGAUUUGAAAGGUCUUUAUGGCUAUAAGGUAUUUAUAGCUAUUUCCCUUAUACUUGGGGAUGGACUAUACAACUUGAUCAAGAUAAAGGAAAUGUGCAAUACAGGCACCAAACAGAGCGGCCUUCCAAUUGUCAAUGAGGUUAUAGAUGAUGAUACUUUGAGAAUACUAACAGAGCAGAGACAAAAAGACGAGACAUUCCUUAAAGACAGGAUACCUUCCUGGUUUGCAGCUUCAGGAUAUGUGGGCCUGGCUGCUAUAUCAACAGCUACCCUUCCAGUCAUCUAUCCACCCCUAAAGUGGUAUCUGGUUCUUUGUUCAUGCAUUAUUGCCCCUGCCCUUGCCUUCUGCAACUCUUAUGGAACGGGACUCACAGACUGUAACUUGGCUUCAACUUAUGGAAAGAUCAGUCUUUUCAUCAUAGCUUCAUUAGUUGGAAGCAACGGUGGCGUUCUGGCUGGUUUGGCAGCAUGUGGGGUUAUGAUGUCUAUUGUCUCCAGUGCAGCUGAUCUAAUGCAGGAUUUCAAGACUGGUUACCUCACUCUAUCAUCAGCCAAGUCCAUGUUUGUGAGCCAGUUAGUUGGAACAGCCAUGGGCUGUGUCAUUGCCCCUCUCACAUUCUGGUUGUUUUGGACUGCUUUUGAUAUUGGGUCACCUGAUGGUCCAUACAAAGCACCCUAUGCUGUCAUUUUCAGGGAAAUGGCCAUUCUUGGCGUUGAGGGUUUCUCACAGCUCCCAAAACAUUGUCUGGCUUUAUGUUGUGGGUUCUUUGCAGCUGCUCUUGUUAUUAACCUCCUUAGAGAUGUGACUCCAAAAAGAGUUUCACAGUUCAUUCCGAUUCCUAUGGCCAUGGCAGUUCCAUUUUAUCUUGGAGCUUAUUUCGCAGUCGACAUGUUUAUUGGGACUGUAAUAUUAUACAUCUGGCAAAGGAUUAAUAGGAAGGAUGCUGAGGAUUAUGCCGGGGCAGUUGCUUCUGGCUUAAUCUGUGGUGAUGGAAUAUGGACGCUACCAUCAGCUAUUCUCUCGAUUUUCAGGAUCAACCCACCCAUCCGCAUGUACUUUGGUCCUUCAACUAGUUGAGCUGGGUCGGAUCAAUAUUUCAUGAAUGGGGUGUUGAUUUAAACACAAGAUUAAUUGGAUUAUAAUCUGUAAUAUAUCUCAUUCACAGAC